AGCAGAAAAGGUCGCAUUAUUAAACUUAAUUUAAAAAUAAUUUACUGCAAAGAUCAUGUCUUUGUUAUGGUUUCUUCUCUCUAGAGCGUUUCAAUCCACCUGGCGAUACUCUCGAUUCCACGAUCCCUCCCUCGUGAUCGUACAACCAAUACCUCUGGCUUUCCUCUUCGUGUUCCACUUCUCCUCCACCAAAUCUUCGCCCCCACGAAUAAAUUUCACAUCCAACGAUUAACAUCAGACCGCGAAAUGUACCCAUCAUGCUCUUAAAUCCGAAAGAAUCAAACUUUCCUCGACCCACUUGAGAUUUCGUGUAUGCCCAAAAAAAACUGUUCGUUUCUUCCUUUUGUCUUUGCUCCACUCGGGAGAAUUUGAUUCGGAAGUUCUGAAGCAAAAACCUACGCGUUUCGGACAGCUUUUAGAUCGUUGGUUUUGGUUGAUGGAGACAAAUGAAUUCAGUCAUCUUCAUCCAAUUGAUCUUACGAUUUGAAGUUUGAAAUUAUCGGGUGGGUUUAUGUAGUUAUGAUCAUCGCUAAACACAAACGAGACAUAAACUUGCUUGUGCUUCAAUUCGGCGCCGCAAUCGCCGUCUCUUUCGCCGGAUUUCUCUAUUCGCGGUUCCGGAAACAUCGGAGGACAAAACCCACUUUGCCCUCUCUUCCCGUUCGAUCUCCUGAUGAUAGAUGCGGAGGCUGUUUGGAUCAACACAUCAUCGGAGAAGAUGCAGAAAUGGAGAAGAGUAACGAUCGUUCCAUUGUCGAUCUCUGUCCGAACAGCCAAUGUCUCGUGGACGACAAAAACAUGUUCCUCUUGCCCGAGUUCGAAGAUGUAAUCAAAGAGUUCGACUCGUCUGUCUGUAAUGACAACGAAACCCCGAGGUCAGAUGCUUCUGCUCCUUUGGCAUUCCCGAGCGAAGAGGACAAGAACGAGAUUUCACAGCUGAGAAACACGAUCAGGGCGCUUCACGAGAGAGAGAGGAGUCUCGAGGCGAAGCUGUUGGAAUAUUACAGCCUCAAGGAACAGCAAAAAGUCGCGAUGGAGCUUCGGAACAGAUUGAAACUAAACCAGAUGGAGACUAGGGUUUUUAAUCUCAAGAUCAAGUCGUUGCAGGCCGAGAACCAGAAACUCAGGACCCAGUGUUCGGACCACGCAAAGGUUGUCUCCGAGCUUGAGGCUGCCGAGUCUCGGAUUCGGACGUUGAGGAAGAAACUGCAGGUCGAGACUCAGCGGAACAGGGAUCAGAUCUUGUCCCUUCGCGACCGAGUGGCUAAGCUGCAAGAACAAGAACUCGAGGCUUGUCUACCAGAUCCAGAUGCCAAUAAAAUGGUGCAAAGGUUAAGAGAUUUGGAGGCCGAGAUCGAUGAGCUAAAGGAUUUGAACACGAGAUUGCAGAUCGAGAAUUCGGAACUGGCUGAGAAGUUGGAAUCGGCUCAGCUCCUGGCGAAUUCGAAGCUGGAGGAUCCCGAGAUAGAACUGUUACGAGAAGAAAGUAUCCGAUUGAGGAACGAAAACGAAGAGCUGAAGAGGGGAAUCGAGCAGAUUCAAUCGGAUCGGUGCACUGACCUCGAGGAACUUGUCUAUCUCAGGUGGAUAAACGCUUGUUUACGCUACGAGCUCAGGAAUUACCAGCCACCGACGGGUAAAACCGUCGCUAGGGAUCUCAGCACCACUCUUAGUCCGAAAUCCGAAGAAAAAGCGAAGCGGCUAAUCCUCGAGUACGCCGCCGAAACAGAAGGGCUCGACGAGAAUACGAUACACACGGUGGAUCUCGACCUCGACGAUGACCAAUGGUCGUCUUCUCUCGAAUCCCUGAUCACAGACUCGGAAUUCCUGGACGACUCGUCAGUGGACACAUUGCUGGCGAGAAAAGCGAGCAAGCCGGGAAAGAAGAACCUUCUGCGGAAACUGAGGAGGCUUCUACACGGGAAAGAGAUACACGACGAGAAAACUCGAUCACCCGAGGGUUGUCGGGACCGUCUUUCGAGCAGCUCAAAGCCUCGGCUUCGAUCGAGGCACUCGAUGGAUUUCCAGAUGCUGAUGCGAAACAGAGCGGCGGAAGAGGAGGAGGAGGAGUCGAAGGAAGAGGUUGGAGUCGCUCGUCGCAAGAGCGAAAACGCGUAUUCCGUGCUCAGAACACUGCGGGAAGGCGGAACGGGAAACGGAUCGGAUCACUGCAAGAAAACAGAGUUGAUAAAAUUCGCAGAGGCGUUGAGGAAGAACUCUGGUCCCAUGGACAAGAAGCUUCAUAAGAAGUCUGUGUCAUAUUUUUUCUGAGAGAAAGUAAUAAAACAUUGAAACUAGUUACAUAAUUCUGUCUUUGUAAAUCCAUGUUGUUAUGUGGACCAAUCAUAAUCUAAAUGUGUGUAUUUUUUGGAAAAUGCGACUGAAAUAAUAUAAUAUAUAUCCCCGAUUAUAUGUUUAA